GCAGAUGAAGCAACAUUCGAGGCACUGUGUGAGUUACGAAUUGAUCCGAAGAUAACGUCGAAAAAAUCGCCGAAGAAAUUCGACGAUGAAUCGUGGCCAGGUGCUAGUGACAACACAUCGCAAGUGAGAUGA